AUGGAUGCCGGACCGCCUCCGCCGUACCCUAAAGCUGUGUAUGCCGAAGACCAACCCACGGGACCUCCUCUACAAAACGGCGCUUAUCCCUACCAACAAGCCGGCACGCAGCCGGAUCCGAACGGAGUCAGUUUCGGACAGGCUCCGUCUCAAAAUGGCGAUUAUCCGUACCAACAAGCUGGCAUGCAGCUGGAUCCGAAUGGAGUGAGUUUGGGACAAGUCCCAUAUCCUCCCCCUGCGGUCACCGCUCAGCCAGUGGUCACCUCGAAAGGUGUCAUAGUGGAGGAACGUGCGGCGCUACCUGACGUUGCUGAGCCACCUGCACACGUGCACGGCAAGAAGAGACGUCACAAGCAUCACCGCUCGAGAGGUGACUGCGGCAACUGCUACUGUGGUUCAUGUCCCGGAUGUGACUGCGGCGAUUGCGGUGACUGCGGUGACUGUGGUGACUGUUGUGGUGACUGCGGGGGCUGCGACUGCGGGGGUUGUGACUGUGGGGGUUGCAAUUGUGACUGCGGGGGUUGUGUCAUUAUGCAGAAGUGCCCCAUGUUUGUUUCCAUCCACAGUGCUGAAUGA